AUGGCAGGCCUGCACCUGAUGCUGGAGGAGAGGCCGAUAGCCAUCAUCGGCCCCACCACGAGCAGCCAGGUGGCGCUGCUGAGCGGGCUGGCGGGCACAACGCGCAUCCCCCUGCUCUCCUACUCCGCCACCGACCCCCUCCUCACCACCUCGCGCCAGUGGCCCUACUUCAUGCGCACUGUACCCAGCGAUGCCACCAAAAUGGAGGCAAUAGCAGACCUGCUGGCGCUGUACCGCUACAGGCACUUCGUUGCCAUCUUCACAGACGACCGGUUUGGGCGGAACGGCAUCAGCGUUCUCGAAAACAUUCUGCAGAACAGAUGGGGCUGGCAACACCCGGUAGUGGCGCGUGUAGCAUUGAAGCGGGGGAGGGAGUAUGACGACGCGCGCUCCUCUCUGGAGAAGCUGCAGCAAGUGCGCACGUCAGUCAUGAUCAUCCAUGCAGGGGGCGACGGCCCUGACGCCGUGCUCAAAGCAGCGGUGGAGUUGGGAAUGUUCAGCCGCGGCUACGUGUGGAUCACGACUGAGCCGACGUCUCUCCAGUCCUUCACAUAUGAUGGUGCCACUGCCUCUUUCAUGCCGCAAGUGCAGGGCCUCAUAUCCAUGGCGUCCUUUGUCCCGCCCUUGCCGGCUCUCACGGUCUUCCGAGCUGAGUGGAAGGAGCACAUGUCGGGGCAGGAAGGCCCUUCUUCUCCAAAGGCGGACGUGUAUUCACUGGCAGCAUACGAUGCGCUGCUGCUGGUGGCUCAGGCAGUGCACAACGUGCUCUCUGGCGACACCACCGACGGCGCUGACUCUCAGAACUCCCUGGUCGAGCCUGUGCCUCCCUCCCAAGGCCCAGGGGCUUAUAACGAGGAUGGGGCUGGCAGCGGGAGUUUCCCAGGGGUAGAAAGUGGUGGUGUAGCUCGUGCUGCUGGUGCUGCCGGUGCUGAGGGGAACAGUAGCAGUAGCGACGGUAGCAGCAGUGCCGCUGCAGCAGGUUCUGUCUUCGUUAGUAACAGUUCCGCUGCUGGCCAGGAGCCUGGCACGUGGGCCCAUGUGCCCAUGCCUGUGGUGGCGCCUGGUGAUUCUGCCAGCUCGCUUAUCCCCAUUCUUUCUGGCGCAGCUCGGAGCAAUUUUGGGCCGCUGCUGCGGGAUGCGCUGCUCCAGGCGUCUGUGAUGGGCGCCACAGGCAGGGUUCGACUCACCCCCGAAGGGGACGUGAAGGACGGGUCGGUGCAGCUGCUGAAUGUGCGGGGCAGCGAGUUCGUCACUGUGGGGUAUUGGCGCAUGGGGAAGGGCUUCACCACCUCCGAUGUGAGUCAUCUUUUGAGGCACUUUCCUUCUCUUCACCUAUCCCCUCUCAUCAGUACGGAUCUCCUCUCAUCAUUGCCCCUUCUCUCCCCUCCUGCCAGGCCCAUUAGCGACCCACUAGCCCCAGCAGUGCAGGCCAACAGCUCUACCACACUCAACCUGCUGUUUCCAGGCAAUCUUGAAAAGGCGCCCUCAGGGUGGCUGGCCCGCCAACAGGACCCGCUGCGGAUCGCCGUGCCCAACAAGAGAGGUUACAACCAGUUUGUCGAGAUCCUGCCGCCCACCGCCGCCCAGGGAAACGACCGCUUCACAGGGUUUUGUCUGGAUCUGUUCCGGGCGGCAGUGGCGCGGCUGCCAUACGAGCUGUCGUACGAGUUUCUGCAGUUUGGGGAGGGCGACGCCACUCCGAGUUACACUGAGAUGGUGUAUGCUGUGGCCAAUAAUACAUACGAUGGAGCCAUUGGCGACAUUGCUGUGCUCAAUUUCCGCAGCGAGGCCGUUGAUUUCACCGUUCCCAUCCAACAAUCAGGGCUGAGCCUGGUGUCCUACGUGGCACCAAACGACAACCCCUGGAUCUCCUACCGCCCCUUCUCCUGGCAAAUGUGGCUGCUUCUCGCCUGCCUUAUUGUUUUCUCCGGCCUUGUGCUCUGCUUCCUGGAAAGUUCCCACCCCGCCCACCUGCUGCGGCGGGAGUAUGACCGGCCGCAUCAAGAAGUCAUGUCGUACAUAUGGAUGUCCUUUGCUCCAGUUGGAUUCGCAAAAGUUCCUACCUACGUUGUCGUCCUCACUGCAGCUCUCAUUCUCUCCUCCCUCCACCCACCCCUUCCACUUGCCAUCAUGAGGGGCAUAGUCAAGACGUCUCUCGGUCGGAUACUCACAGUCACCUGGUUUGCGCUCAUGAUUGUCGUCUCCAGCUCCUACAUCGCCGCCCUCACUGCUGCUCUCGUUCUCCAAAAGCUGCAGCUCCCAAUAUCCAGCAUAUACGAUGCGGCAGGGUCCGACGUAAUGAGCAUAUACGAUGCAGCAGGGUCCGACGUGAUGGUGGGCUAUCAGUACGGCUCCUUUGUCUACGGCUAUCUCGUGCAGCUUGGGUUUUCUCCGCUUGUGCCGCUGAACGGCGAGCAGGAAUACUAUAAGGCGCUCACAUCCUUCUUUCCUCCCUUUUCUCCCUCCAAUCUCCCUCUCCCACAGUCCCGGCUUGUGCCGCUGAACGGCGAGCAGGAAUACUAUAAGGCGCUCACAUCCUUCUUUCCUCCCUUUUCUCCCUCCAAUCUCCCUCUCCCACAGUCCCGGCUUGUGCCGCUGAACGGCGAGCAGGAAUACUAUAAGGCGCUCACAUCCUUCUUUCCUCCCUUUUCUCCCUCCAAUCUCCCUCUCCCACAGUCCCGGCUUGUGCCGCUGAACGGCGAGCAGGAAUACUAUAAGGCGCUCACAUCCUUCUUUCCUCCCUUUUCUCCCUCCAAUCUCCCUCUCCCACAGUCCCGGCUUGUGCCGCUGAACGGCGAGCAGGAAUACUAUAAGGCGCUCACAUCCUUCUUUCCUCCCUUUUCUCCCUCCAAUCUCCCUCGCCCACAGUCCUGCCUAAUGCCGCUGAACAGCGAGCAGGACUACUAUAAGGCGCUCACAUCCUUCUUUCCUCCCUUUUCUCCCUCCCAUGUCCCUCUCCCACAGUCCCGCCUAGUGCCGCUGACCAGCGAGCAGGACUACUAUGAGGCAAUCUCAUCGCAGCGAGUGGCCAUAGUAGUGGGCGAGGACCCCUUACCUCAACGUCUCCCUCUCUCUCGUGCUCCACCCACCCUCCCACCCACCCUCAUCCCCCACCCGCAGUCCCGGCUAGUGCCGUUGAACAGUGAGCAGGACUACUAUGAGGCGCUCACUUCUCAGCGCGUGGCCCUGAUAGUGGACGAGGACCCCUACCUCAACGUCUUUGCCUCGCAGUACUGCCAAAUGCUCCGCGCCUCCCAGGCCUUCAACGUCCUCAACUCCGCCUUUGUGAGCCGCUGGGGGCACCUAGGGGCAUCUAGGAGCAUCUAUGGGCUCUUGCGUCAUUGGGUGGUGCAUGGGCAAGCAUCAAGAGACGCUCUCAUCACAGCGAUGGCCAUAACAGUGGACGGGGACCCCUACCUCAGCGUCUUUGCCUCGCAGAACUGCCAAGCCUUCCAGAAGGGCUCUCUCUUUGGCGCGGACAUCUCUCAGGCGCUGCUUGAGCUUGCACAGAAUGGGGAGCUGCAGCGCAUUCGCAGCAUGUACAUUAAGAACACAUCCAACUGUGACAAUGCAGCGUCGGUGAUGGUGGAGAAAGUGCAGAUCUCAGCCACCACCAUGGCUGGCCUUAUGAUCGUCUAUGGGGCCUUCUCCCUGCUGUGCUGCGCUGCGUAUAUCGCCAUCAUCUUACACCGAGGACACCGCGCGCACAGGGAGCUGAAGCCUUAUGCUUUCAGGGAGGUGGGGGAAGAGGGCAAUUUCACUCCCCCAACUCAGCCUGGCGGAUUUGAUGGUAAUGGUGGGGGCCCGUGGCGUGCCGAACCUGAGGAGGCCAUGAGGUUCGAUCGAAUGGCAUUGGAUGGUGGGGAGGUGGCUGGUGAGGUGACUGGAAGGUCAACUCUUGAGGAGUUAGAAAUGCUGGUGGGUUUGAGCCAGAGGGUGGUUGCUGCUGAGGAGGUGACUUUUGAGUCGGCUGAAUGGUCAAAUAUUGAGAAUUCCGAAGGGGCGGUGGAGUUGGAUCGAAGGGCAGUUGGUGGUGGGCAAACGCGUGAGGAAUCAGAAGGGGCGGUGGGGUUGAGUAACAAGGCAAUGGGUGGCGAUGCGCGGGAACCAGAUGUGGAGAUGGAGGGUGUGUGGCAGGAUGCAGAUACUCCUGGUGGUGGUGGUGAUGGUGGUGGUGGUGAUGGUGGUGGUGAUGGUGAGGGUGAGGGUAAGUCGCAUGGUGAGGUUGAUUUGAAAGGUGGUGAUAACAGUGCUGAAGCAGAGAAGCAGAAGGAUGAAGCAGGUACGCAGAACGGCGAAGCAGAUAGACGGAAGGAUAAAGUAGAUAGGCGGACGGGUGAAUCAGGUGGAGAGACGGAUGAAGCAGAUAGAGGUGGAGCUAAGGAAGGGUGUGACGUGGCAGCAAGGGAGGAUACGAACUUUGAGACGUCUCAAAAGGCAGCAAGGGAGGAUACGAAAAGCAAUUCAUGCAAAAUAGAUGGAGAAGACGAUGGGGCCAGAGACGAAGCAUCCUACGAGGACCUCCCUGCUCUCCCCCUCUCCACACCAUCCUCCUCCAGACUCGCACCACCAUCUCCCAGACUUGCGUUACCAUCCCCUCGAAUGAUGCCACCAUCCCUCCGAGUGACGUCAUCAUCCCCUAGGAUGACUGUUGCUGCUGCUGCUGCCGCUGCUGUUGCUGCUGCUGAUGCUGCUGCUGCUGCUUCUGCCACUACCAGUGCAACCCACUCACUCUUUCCAGACGCCUUCUCUCCUCGCUCUCCACACCCUUUCAGCAAGAGCAGGACCUUCAAACGCAGCCCUGCUGCUUUUGACCUAUCCAGCACAAGCCCAUCCAGUUUUCACGCGCCACAUCACCACCGCCCGCCAUCCCUCAUUGCAACAAACCCUCGUUACAGCCCUCGUUACAACCCCUCUCUACAAUCCCCCACGACACGCCCGUUUUCUAAGAGCAAAACCUUCAAGUAUACCAACAGCAGCCCCUCCUUUAGCCUCACCAGCCCUUCCAGCCGAACCCAGUCCAAACCUCCUCCCAGAAAGCACCUGUCUAGCGGGAACCUGGCCGGUCUCCCUCUGCAGCGAGGGAUAGACCAGCCCAGUCGAACCCUCCACCAGGUUCCACCUGGACGAGGUCUGUCUCGGCACCUGUCAAUGAACCCUAGGACUGGUGCUGGUGGGAUGGAUGCGUUCAGCAGCAGGGAUGCUGGAUCGGCAGGGGUUAUCAGGGAUGGACGAGCAGGGAAUGUGUUUGUCAAUGAUGCAAGAUCUGCAGAUGCACUUACAGCAGCAGGUUUACGCUCCACAGACAAAGGCAAAGGCCCAGCUUUGGAGGAGGAGGUCCAAACGCAAAGGCACAGCUUGCCUGCGCGUGCAGCAGAAACCCUGAGGGUUACACCUGGGGCAGAAGCACAGAGAGUGGCGUUGGUUUCAGGUGGGGCAGACCGGCAAGCAUCCUCCUUUGAAGCAGCCUCUCAAUGUCAAGCAGUGGUUUUCGGGCAGGAUCCACAGGCAGCGAUUUCUCGGGCAGAUUCGCAAGCAUCGGCUAGUGGUGCUUAUAACGAGGCAGGGCCUGGUUUGCCUAACGAGGGUGCUUAUGACGAAGGUGUGGGCGGGGCUUAUAGAGGGACCCCAUCCCCUGGAGCGUCCAGGAGGGGACAGCUGUCAAGGCAGACUCUGCAGGGGCAUGGAAUGAGCAGCUUCAAUGACAGCAUGUUUGCUGGUGGUGGUGGCAGUGCUUGGGAGAGUCGGUUUGUUGGAAGCAGCUCGGUGGAGAGUGGGUUUCCUGGUAAUAGCAGCUUCAGUGAAAGCAUGCUUGAUGGGAGUGUGCGAGAGGAGGAAGAAGGAGAGGAGGAGGAAGAGGAGGAAGAGGAGGAAAAGGAGGGAGAGGAGGGAGAGGAGAGGGUGGGAGAUGGUGGGCGUCAGUUGGGGAGUGGUGGGCAUUAUUUGGGCAGUAGUGGGAGGAGUGUGUCGGUGACAGAGGCUACAGGAUCAAGCAGCCUCCUCCCCUACGGCACACGGAAGCCCGGCCGUGGUUCUCGAAUCAUUGGAACCGGCUCAGCUGUGCCAAAGAAAAUUGUCACCAAUGAUUUUCUCGCAUCCCUGAUGGAAACGUCCGAUGAAUGGAUCGCCACCCGUACCGGCAUUCGGAACCGCCAUGUCCUCUCUGAGAACGAGUCGAUGACUGGCCUGGCUACAGAGGCUUCGCGGAAGGCUCUGGAAAUGGCUGGCGUGGACCCUGCUGACGUGGACCUGAUCAUCUUCUGCACGUCAACCCCCGACGACAUUUUCGGCGGUGGUUGCCUGAUUCAACGGGACCUGGGCUGCAAACGAGCGGUGGCGUUCGACCUCACUGCAGCGUGCAGUGGCUUUGUCCUCGGCCUUGUCACCGCCUCCCGGUUCAUCCAAGGUGGCGGGUACGAGCGAGUGCUUGUGGUGGGGGCGGAUGGGCUGUCCCGAUACGUGGACUGGUCGGACAGGGGCACGUGCAUUCUGUUCGGCGACGGCUGUGGGGCCGUGUUGGUGCAGGCUGCAGCUGAGGGCGAGAGCGACGGUAUGCUGGGCUUCGACAUGCACAGUGACGGCUACGGCUCCAGGCACCUGCACGCGUGCUUCAGUGUGACACCGGCACCAGAAGAGAGCGGGUCCAUUGCGGGGAGGGCGGUGGCGACCCCCAUAGUGAUGAACGGGAAGGAGGUUUACAAGUUCGCUGUCACCUCCGUGCCCCAGGUCCUACAAGCAGCACUUCAGGAGGCAGAGCUCUCGACGGGCGACAUUGACUGGCUUCUGCUGCAUCAG